AUCAAAGUAUUUAAAUAUGGAAACCGAAGAAAACGAUGCCCGAAAAAUGUUAUUUUUAAGAACAAGUACAAGAUUUCUAAAUAACACAAGUUUUGAAAACAUCUUCAAUGAAACUAAAAAUAUUUCACUGUCUAUUUCUACUCCUGGUUACACUGAGUCAACAAUACCGGUAAUCGUUUCGUACUGCAUAUUAUUCAUUAUUGCUGGAGGAGGAAAUAUAUCAGUAGUUGUGACUCUAUUUAGAUCAAAACGACAUAGACGUUCUCGUGUCAGUCUGAUGAUAUUCAAUCUAGCUGUGGCCGACUUAAUGGUUGCGCUUGUGAUGAUACCUUUAGAAGUCGGUUGGAGAAUUACUGUGGAAUGGCAAGCUGGAAAUUUUGCAUGUAAAGCGUUCUCAUUCGCUCGAGCCUUUUGUUUGUAUCUUAGCUCGAAUGUUCUUGUAUGUGUAUCGCUAGACAGAUGUUUUGCCGUAAUCUAUCCAUUAAGAGUAUCAGCAGCAAGACGAAGAGGAAAGCUAAUGUUAACAUGCGCUUGGUUGAUUGCAUUGGUGUAUGCUUUCCCUCAGAGUAUAAUAUUUCACGUUAAGGAACAUCCCCAAAUACCAGGUUUUACACAAUGUGUUACAUUUGGAUCAUUCUCAAAUCAAAUUAUGGAAACUGCAUAUAACCUUUUUUGUAUGAUAGCUAUGUAUUUUCUUCCACUAAUUAUCAUAAGUAUUGCUUAUUCAUUUAUUCUUUGUGAAAUUGCUAACCGGUCAAAGGAGAAAGGUAUUUUAGUUUUCUUUUUUCAUUUUCAUAAAAUUCAAGUAAACACUCCAACAACUACAAGUGCCCUUCGACUUCGAUGUAAUGAUAUCAGCCAUAUUGAACGAGCUAGACAAAGAACAUUACGACUUACUAUUACAAUUGUCUGUGGCUUUGUUUGCUGUUGGACACCAUAUGCAUUUAUGACACUUUGGUACAUGUUUGAUCGAGAAAGCGCUUUAAAAGUGGACAACACAGUUCAAGAUGGAUUGUUUAUAAUGGCUGUGUCUAAUUCAUGCGUUAAUCCGCUAAUUUACGGUUCUUAUGCAAUGAAGUGUCAGUGGUGGCCAUGUUUUAAUAUUAAAACAAAAACUAAUAAAAAUGGAGAUAAAGUAAUGUUGCAAAGAAGAUCAACAGAUGGUGGAUCAGGUGCACAUUCAGAUCGUUUGUUAACCAACAGAGAAGACAAUAAUGAUUCAAAAUCAUCGAAAGAUAAAUAUUAUAAAAAUAAUAUUGCAAUUGUUCCAGUUCAAUUUAAAGCUUCGACAUCAAGAAAUAAUAGACAACUUAUUCAAUAUGGAGUAACAGAUUACAAAUGUAAUAAUUUUUACAAGGAUAAAAACUGUAGAUUAAACGAAAAGUCGAAAAAGGGAAAAUAUCCGAGUUUAGGGGAAAUAACACUUUUAGAAGAAAGACCACCACUCAUAUUUUCAGGACUAUCAUUUCAUUCUGAUCCAAUUCCACACAAAUAUGAAUCAGACAUGGACAGUGGUUUAACAAAAAGCAUUGAUACAGAACCGAUAUUUGAGCAGCAUGAAAUAGGCACAUGAUAUUUAGAGGUCUAAGUAAAAUAUAAAAAUAUCUACAACUAUCUUAAGUACUCUGCUAAACUGGUUAUUUUGGAUUGGUCUUCUAAAACUAUAUUUUUAUCUAAAUAAAAAUUAUUUAAAAAGAAUUUCGAAAA